AUGGGUAAUAGACAGCUAUAUUGUUGCCGUUGCGAUAAGCAUACUGUGACAAGGAGUGUUACUAUUAAGAAACUUCAUGUUCCAGCUGUCCCUACUGUUGAGUACUACAAGCACACCAUUAAUAGUGGACAGCUUGCAAGGAUAAGGUACUACUUUGACGGUGUAGGUACUGAUCCCAGGAAUACUAACAAUCCCAAGACAAGAAGACGUAUAAAGUCUACUGAGUUUAACUUUCCCAUGGAUAGUGUCAAGGCUGUCUAUGCAUUAUACUCCGGAGGAAACCCUGUUCUUAUUUAUCUGGAUUAUGAUGGAAAAAAUGGUGUUAAAGGAUGGUACCAGAAGCCUACUAAUGAUAGUAAUGAUAAUGGCGACGAAGAUUGGACAAAAGUCCCCGAUGCUCCUCGAAACAUACAACCAGAAACAAUUAAUAACUGCACCAACUGGAACAAACUCGUAACUGCACUAAAUAAGGCUGGUGGAUGUAACCCCUUGAGAGAAUGCACUGCUCCUACUCAACCUCUACUGCCACCUCCUGCUGGACCUCAAGGUGGAGGUCCUCAACCUGGAUCUGGUGUAGUACAAGACCAUGCUGCUAGUCAACAUGGUAGAGGAGCUCAAAAUAAAGGUGAUACUGAUACUGAUUCUACUACUGGAGGGGCUAAUGAUCCUGCUGAGGAUACUGCUGGUGACUCAUCUCUCCAAGGUACUCCUCAAGGUGAUCCUCAACCUGGAGGGGGUGCUGGAGGAACUCAGGGUAACCAAGCUGAUGUUAGUAUAACUAGUGGAGAUCAAGAUGGAUCUACUGCUGAAGCUUCUAUUGGAGCUCCUAAAGUUGAUCCUGCUCCUCCAGCUCCCCCUCGUACUGAACCUUUUCUUGACCCUGCUACUGCUGGAUACUUUUUUGCUAGUGGUGGUACUGCUCUUGCAACAGGAGCUACUAUUCUCGCUGUUCUUGGUGCUUCAGGCUCCAUUACUGGGUUUGCUUACUGGAUUUCCCAACGCUUUGCCGGAGAACCAUGGGUUAGACAAAUAUGA